CGUUCUCCUUUCUCUAAAAAUCGAACCCAUAUUAAUAGUCGCAUACAAGUUUUCAGCGUGUCCCUUUUCACUCGAGUAUGUCCGGCGGCUACUUUUUAUUUAUUUAUCCAGGAAUAAGGUAUAGAUUUCACUCCUGCUCUCUGCAAAUUGGGUUCAACGAAUGAAUCAUUUCAAGCAUCUCCUCCAUGCAUCCGCAGAAUGGGGAGUGACGCCAAGCAAGUUGUCUUUAUCUCCCUCACAGCAGGAUCAAGAUUUUCGGGGAGGAGUAGAUCAAUCAGUAGUCAGCUGCCACCGGGGCCGGCCUAUUUUGACCUGAUGUCUCUCUUUGAAUCAAUCCGUGCAGCAAGAAAUGAACAAACGAAGGCGGGUGUGGCACUCUAUAAAUACCCUUGCUCUCCAGUCUUUGAGCGUCUCAUCUCAUUCGCCAUCCACAAAGAUCAUCCAGCACCCAUCUCUACUGUAAAUUAAAAAAAUAAUGGAAAGCCAAGAGCAAGGAGAGCAUGCCCCGCUUCCCCUUCUCACCCCUUACAAGAUGGGAAACUUUCAACUUUCUCACAGAAUUGUCUUGGCACCAUUAACCAGGCAAAGAUCUUACAACAAUGUUCCUCAACCACAUGCCAUCUUAUAUUACUCACAAAGGACCAUGAAAGGGGGUCUUCUCAUUACUGAAGCAACCGGAGUUUCAGAUACUGCACAAGGGUAUACAGAUACACCUGGUAUAUGGACAAAAGAACAAGUUGAAGCUUGGAAACCUAUAGUAGAUGCUGUUCAUGCUAGAGGUGGAACCUUCUUUUGUCAACUUUGGCAUGUGGGAAGAGUUUCAAAUCAAGAUUUUCAGCCAAAUCAUCAGGCUCCAAUCUCUUCCACCGACAAGUCUGUAGCGCCUCGACUUCAAUCUAAUGGUUAUGAUGUUGCAUACUUUUCACCUCCACGACGUCUAAGGACAGAUGAAAUUCCUCAAAUUGUCAAUGAUUUUAGACUUGCUGCAAAGAAUGCAAUUGAAACUGGUUUUGAUGGAGUUGAGAUCCAUGGAGCUCAUGGUUAUCUAAUAGAGCAGUUUCUGAAAGACCAAGUCAAUGAUCGAAAUGAUCAAUAUGGAGGAUCUCUUGAGAACAGAUGUCGGUUUGCUCUUGAUAUUGUUGAAGCUGUUACUAAUGAGAUAGGAGUAGAUAAGGUUGGGAUUAGGCUUUCUCCAUUUGCUCACUUCAUGGAAGCAGGAGACUCAAAUCCAAAUGCUCUGGGUCUGUAUAUGGUCGAAGCCUUGAAUAAAUACGGUAUUCUAUACUGCCACAUGGUGGAGCCAAGAAUGAAAAUUGUUGGAGAAAUAACAGAAACCCAAGACAGUCUUGUGCCAAUCAGGAAAGCUUUCAAUGGCACUUUCAUGGUGGCUGGGGGUUUUAACAGAGAAGAAGGCAACAAAGCUGUGGCACAGAACCAUACAGAUCUUGUUGCUUAUGGACGUUGGUUCUUGGCUAAUCCAGAUCUGCCACGGAGGUUUGAGAUCAAUGCUCCUCUUAAUAAGUACAAUAGGGAAACUUUCUACACUUCCGAUCCUGUUAUUGGCUAUACGGAUUACCCUUUUCUUGAAACCAUUGCCUAAAUUUUUAGGGGCUGAUUAUCUGAAGUUUAAAUUACAUUACCAUUGUUGUCCUCCAGAUUUCAGGAGCUCUCUGUUGGAACCAAAUAUCUUUCACUGCUUGUUCUGUUCUGCUGUGCUAAUGUAAUCAGAUCACUCCAAGCUGUUAUAGGUAACCGGGUCGCUCUAAGUUUCCGGUAUUUGGCAGUUUGAACUUAAAACAAUUGUAUCUGAAGCCUGCAGCUGGAAGGUGCGUGUUUAGAAAUAUGUCAAUCCCCAUCCUAGAUUUGUGAGAUGAAGAAAGCCCUACAGUUGUAUCUUCACUCGCAUAAUUGAACUAUAUAUGUUCAAUUUUUCUACAUUGUCUUUGAUA